GCUGCUCCGGCCUGGCGCUCCCAGCGCAGCCCCAGCGGCUGCUUUGGGGCUGGCGGCACCUGCCCGGCGCUGGCCAUGGGGCGAGUGGCGGCCGCUGGGGCCGUACUGGUGGCACUGGUGGUGCUGGGAGCCCCCCCUGGGGCGGGCGCGGAGCUCUCGGAGGUGUUCCAGUAUAUGGUAAAGCGCGAGUGUCGUUUUAUUAACGGCACAGAGAAGGUGAGGUUCUUGGUGAGGUACUUCUACAACCGGAUGGAGGAAUUGAGGUUCGACAGCGACUUGGGGCAGUACGUGUGGUUCACCCACCAUGGGGAGAUACAGGCCCGGUCCUGGAGCAGAGACCGGGAAUGGAUGCAGUACAUACGGACCGCGGUGGAUUGGUGCUGCCGGUACUACUACACGCAGAACGCCACUUUCCUCCUGAAGCGCAGAGUGCCCCCCAGCGUGUCCAUCUCGCUCGUGCCCUCGAGCUCCCAGCCCGGCCCCGGCCGCCUGCUCUGCUCCGUGAUGGAUUUCUACCCUGCCCACAUCCAGGUCAGGUGGUUCCAGGGCCAGCAGGAGCUCUCGGAGCACGUGGUGGCCACCGACGUGGUGGCCAACGGCGACUGGACCUACCAGCUGCUGGUGCUGCUGGAAACGCCGGCCCAGCGCGGGCUCAGCUACACGUGCCAGGUGGAGCACGUCAGCCUGGAGCAGCCGCUGAGACAGCACUGGGAGAUGCCGCCGGACGCCGCCCGCAGCAAGAUGCUGACGGGGAUCGGGGGCUUCGUCUUGGGCUUGGUCUUCCUGGCGCUGGGGCUCGGCUUCUACGUGCGCAAGAAGCUCCUGAGCCGGCAGCGGCCGCAGCCCCUGUGCUUUGGGCACGGCCGCUCUCUCGCUCUCUCGCUUUCCUUCUCCCCUCACCGCCAUCAGCGCGGCCCGCAAGGAGAGAGGAGCUGCGGCUGCAACUUCGGCCCUGCCGGGACCUCGCACCAGGAGCGGCUUCUGCUUCUGAUCGGGAAUUUUCUUCUUUUUGGGACUCUCUGAAAGCUUUGACAUGGAUUUGAACGCUUGGGACUCUUUGCCUUUCGAGACUGAUGUGCCCUUAGAAUAAAGGAAUUUAUAAC